CAGAAAUGGCUCUUCCAGGUGGACUGGAAUCUCUCAUAAAGGCUUUCUCAGGGCAUGGAGUUGAUGAGCAGUCAAUAAUUUCUUUGCUGGGAAGAUCACGAGCUGAGCAUAGACGAACUUUCAGGAAGGAAUGUAAGGAAUUCUUCAUAGAGGACAACGAACGUCGUUUCGAACGAUGGGAUGAUCAUAGUAUAAAGCUUAUAAAGCAAGAAUUCAUGAGAUUUAAGAAUGCUGUGGUGCUUUGGACCAUGCAUCCUUGGGAAAGAGAUGCUCGUUCGAUUUGGGGUGCCUUGAGAGAGGGACCAGAAUCAUAUGGUGUGAUUGUAGAGGUUGCAUGUACCAGAUCAUCAGAGGAGCUCUUGGGAGCAAGGAAGGCUUAUCAUUCUCUUUUUAACCAUUCAAUCGAGGAAGACAUUGCAACCCAGGUUGAAGGAAGAGAGCGCAAGCUCUUGGUAGCACUUGUGAGCGCAUACAGGUUUGAAGGCCCGAAGGUUAACGAAGACACAGCAAAAUCAGAAGCUGAAAUACUGGCUGAAGCCAUGAAUGCUGAGCAGAAGCCCAUUGAAAAUGCAGAAUUAAUAAGAAUACUUUCAACCAGGAGCAAGCCCCACCUCAAGACAGUAUACAAGUACUACAAGGAUUUAUACGGCAAGAACAUCAAUGAGGAUCUUGAUCAUGACUUGAUCUUGCAAGCGGCUGUGCAAUGCUUAUGUACUCCUCAUAAAUACUUCAGCCGAGUCUUGGAUGCAGCAUUGAGAGACAAUGCUCAUACGAGUACCAAAAAAGCACUGGCACGAGUAAUUGUGACACGAGCUGAUACAGAUAUUCAGGAGAUCAAUGAAGAAUACCAGAACCAGUAUGGAGUUUCUCUGGCACAGAAAAUUGUUGAAACUGCCAGUGGGAACUAUAAGGAGUUCUUGCUUACCUUGAUAUCAAGAGAGAACUAAUUGGAAAACACAUUACUUAAAUUUGGAUUUAGCUUUUUUUAAAAUUGAAUUGUAUGAGUUUGGGUCAAUACCUGUGAUAUCUUCUUCAUCAUGAACUUACAGUUUGUACAACAACUGUGAUAACAUAACCAGAGGCUUAAUAAAUCAGACAUGCUUCCAUUUGUUGGCUUUUCUUUCCUCUUUUUAAGAGCUGAGGAAAUGAAAUAUGCGGUCACUUGGAAACUGAUGGAGCUUCUAGUAAGAACUUUCAACAGU